CAAUUUUUCUCGUCAAUUCCCGCAUGAGCAGAGAGAAGGAUGAUCACAAAUCGUAUGAGUGAUAUGAUUCACAGCCUGUGAGCGUGCAAACUAUGGAAGCACCAAGAUCAAACAACAACCAACCACCGCCACCACCUAAUGAUGAUGGUGGUGCCAUUGCAGCAACGACCACGGGCGGUGGGAGACUGUGGAAGUUGCUCGUGUCGAUCGCCGACUCGUUGUUUGUUCCAUGCACACCACCCAACGUCUUCCUCCCUAGCCUCCCAUGGGCCAACAUUUUCAGCAUCACCUCCACCUCUCCAGUAAGUUCCUCCGGCACUGUCGUAAUCGGAACAAUCCUCUCCGAUCAAGAAACUACAAAGAACAAGGUGAAGCUCUGCUUCCAGCUCCCACAGGAUCCCAAUCCCUUCCUCUUCCUCGAUCUCCCCAUCAGCCAUCUCGACAGCGACGACGCCUGCAGAGUCGUGCUCGAAUGCGACCGCGUGAAAUCAGGCGGCAGGCCCCUGAUGAGCGUUGUCACGUGGGCGGUGUACUUCAACGGGAAGAGGGUCGGGUUUGGAUCGAGGAGGGAGGUCGAUGCUGGUGCCGGAUGGGCUCUGGAUUCUUUGCGUGGGGUUUCGACCGGCGUUGGGGUGCUUCCACCGCCGCCGACGGCAGAUGAUGGCCCGAGGUUGGGGUACAUGAGAGGGAAGUUUGAGAGGGUUGUUGGGUCUGCUGACUCGGAGUCUUAUCAUUUUGUUGAUCCUGCUGGGUGUCUUGGCGGCAAUGAGCUCAGUUUCUUCUUCGUUCGUCUCUGAUGUGCGCUCUUCAAUGAUUUCUCUUUUUUUUUAGAGAGAGUUCUCCAAGGGUGGGUUGAAUUGUGGGAUCGAAUUAGUGCUUAAAUUGUAAUAGUCCAGUAUCAAGUUUUAAGUGCCUACGUAUCUUGAGUUUUAA